CUCCUUCACAGUUCGUGAAGGGGAGAUGUUCCUGCAGUUAAAUGAAGAGGAUAACACAAAGAGCGAGACAAUACAAUAAAGAAAUUCUUACGUUUCAUCAGCAGUUUAUAAUUCCAUUAUAUUGCUUAGUACUUACGUGGCAUCCUAGUUAUCUAUGGUGUAAAGUACAAACUAGGCUUGGCAGUUUCAUUGUACAAGAAUCUAGACCAAUGUUAAUCAGUAGAUAAACAGUUUGCGGAGUCAAAGGUCACCAAGUGAGAGACUGCGAGGAAGAAACGUAUUUACAUCUUUACAGAGACCUUUUUAGCAACAUUAUUGUCAUUAUUCAAUUGCAAUGAGUCGCAUAGUAAUCCUUCUUCAGAUUUGCCUCUUAAUGCAAGGUAUUCUAGGGGCUUCAUUUUUUACGGAAGAAGCUACAAACCAAUUUUUAAGGCUCAAAAGACAAGCAUUUUCUAGACAUUUUUGGGAACCUGCUCACUCAGAAAGGUCAUGGGCCUCCACAAUUACAGACCAGGCAAGUGAAACAUGGCAGUCAUUGGUAAACUCAGUACAAUAUUACGCUAAUCUGGAGUUAGAUCAUUCGUCAUACUCUGCUUCUGAGAUUGGGAAGCACAUGAAAUCUUAUGUCAAUGAGCUCUGGCCAUGGGAUUCCAAUCAUUAGGAUGACAUAUACAUGUAAAACAGUACUGGAUAAAGAAAUGUAAACUUACAUAAUUGUUCAGUGUUUGAAAAUAAAUCUUACAUUUUGAAGUUAUAAUAAAUUUAUUGUGAUGUUAU